AUGGAUUCGAGUUCGUUGUGUCUUCCGGAGAGCCAGCUUCGGCUGUCGGGCUCUUCCUUCGAAGCCUUCCUUUAUACGGCUCUUUUCCCUCCAAUCUGUCUUUUUGGCCUCAUUGGAAAUGGGCUCACCAUCAUGGUUCUGCUCAGCAACGACUUCAUGUCCAGGUUUCUUUCUUGUAAAUUAUCGAAUCGAUUGAGCAAAUCUAGACUAUGUAGACAGACAUUUAGACAGAGAAGAUUCAGCUUCUGGAAGCUUUACACUGAUUUCCCAGUUUUUUAAGCAGUUAUAUUUUGAAACUAUCAAGUUGUUCUCCACCUUUUAUGACUUUACUUUUGAACUCACCAUUCUAUUCCUUUUUCAGAGCAAACAUAUUCUUGACGUGCCUGGCGGUGUGCGACAUUUCUUUCCUGCUCUUGAUAAUUCCCCACUCGCUGGCCAACUUCGACGCGUUCGCCUUCAACUACACUUUCCGCUACCUUUACCUUCCAUCUAAAAUACACCUGAUCGCAUUUGCCAAUUGGAGUUCUGCGGUCGCAAUAUGGUUCUCGAGUCAACCUUCACUUCAAACAACAUUAGAAUCUUCAGGCUCGUCGUAGGCGUUUGUUUCGAAAGAGUGGUCGGCGUUAGGUCUCCACUGCACCAACUGACGACGCCUUCUAGGAGGAAAUUGAUUUCAGGUGGCAAUUUCAAGGUAUUUUAUUCUCAUUCUCGGCGGUUUCAGGCCUGGCCAUCCUGUUAUCUUCUUGCGCAGUUUUGACGUUCUACAAUCACGUUUCUCAUCAUUGUUUCAUCAAAUCUUUCUGCAACACCACGCAGAUCAUGGCCGUCUGCCUCGACGUGAACAUGAAUGUGUCAGUUUUUUUCUCCCCUGGUCAAAUUUAACUGCCGAGUUUUAGUUGGCCCGGAAAUCGAACAAAUUUCGCGCCACCGGCAUUACGGCUCUACGUGGCUUGGACCAGGGCGGCGAACGCGGUUUUUGUCGUUUUUCUACCUCUGAUCCUUCUGGUCACACUGAACGCCUUGCUACUCUACUAUGUGAAGAAAAGGUACUAA